AUGUCGUCGUUGGAAUGGCAGCACAUCGCGCACGUCUCCGAGUACAUCGGAUUCGGUCUUUCUCUCUGGAUCAACUCGACGUUGAUUUUUUUGAUCGUGAGGAAGUCGCGCAAGGAGUUGGGCAACUACCGUUACCUCAUGAUGUGCUUCUCCUUCUUCGCCAUCUUCUACUCGGCCAUCGACGUCUUCGUCCAACCUGUAUGCUAUUUCACAAACUUUCAAAAACUGCUGAAUUUCACAUUGUCGAAUCUGGUCUCAAAACAUGCCAAAUCUCUGUGGAAAAAAUAUUUGACCGGUCAAGGUUCGGAGGUUCAACAUUUCCGAUUAAGGUUCUCGUCUCUGGGCUCACGUAAAAUCACCAUAAAAACUGCAUUGAAAGAUACUCUCAGUCAGGAGUUUUGUCCCAAGUUCAAACAACUCCAUGGAUGGCUACAUUUCAGUUUAGCCAUUCAAAUAAAUUGUCUCCCUAUCUUUUGAGGAACAAUCUUUUGUCCUUAUGAAAAACCAGAGGAGUGCUUAAAGUUGGUUUCAGACUAUUCACAUUCAUGGGACGACUUUCAUGGUUUUCCAGUCUCUGGAGACGUUCGGCGUCCCAAAAACCGUUGGCGCUGCUCUUUGCGGUCUGUUUUGAAUGUAUUCAAAAAGUUAUGAAUGGCUUCAGCUCUCUAUUGCUCAUGUUACGGAAUGACGAUCGUACUGCUCGCCGUCCAUUUCGUGUAUCGCUACUUUGCUGUCUGCAGGUUGCUUACUCCCUUUGAAUCUCCAAUUCAAAAGAUCAAAAUUGUUUUGCUUCGGGUUACGGUGGUUGCGGUCUUUUUUCUGCUCAUCUAGGCGCGUGACUACAGUAGCCUCGUUUUAGUCAACUUUUGAAGUUUUUUUUUUAUCAUGUGAAACAUUGCAGGACACAUUUGCUUUUUCUCUUCGAAGGCUGGUUCUUCAUGAUCUGGCCGUGCAUCGUCAUCGGCUUCGGCACGGACUGGGGUCUCACCUCGUAUUUCCUUGAGCCUGAGACUCCGGCCUCGAAUGAAUAUGUCAAGUACAAAUGUGAUUGAGGACUCAAAAAGAAAAUUGAGCUGCAGAGAAACAAUUCUGGAGCACUACGCUUUACGGAUGGACCAGAUCGCCUAUGUUGGUCCUCACUAUUUUGUCAGUAAUGCUGAAACUCUAGAAAAAAAAACAAUAAAUUUAAAGAUGUACGAUAAGGAUGGCAAAAAGAGCUACAACGUCGUUUCGUGCCUGGGUAUUCUCAAUCUGAUGAAGAUUAUCGUAAGAUGAAGCACCCAGUUUUACGGACGAGGUCGCAGCGAGAGAAACGCUAUAUCGCGGGGGAGCCGCGAGCUAUAUCGCUCGCCUCUCGGCGCAAGGUCGCUCACAUCUCGCUGCUAUGUCGCUCUUUCAAAAAAAUUUUUUAGCUCGAUUGGGCUUUUUCUUGAUUUGCUUUCUAUGCUUCAUACUUUUUAUUGGGUUGUACAUGAUAACAUAUCGGUCUUUAUCAACCUUCUUUACUUUUUUUAUUUAAUAUAAACAAUAUAUUUAAAUGAAAAACUUGAGAGCAUUAAAGAAAUUUCCAAAUAAUUGAUGAUACAUUUUCGAAUUCGAAGUAAACUGAAAGUAUGUACAAAUCUGAAGAAGAUUGAAUUGAGGCGAAAGAGUGAAGCUUCAAGUAAGAAUAAAAAAGGACAAUAUGAGGAAAAACAUGUGUAUCGUUUAUUUUUCAUAGGAAAAAAAUGUGACUAGGAAAAGAGUAGUUUCAAUAAAAAAACAGAAAAAGUAAACCGAUUGUAAGCUCGUAGAUGAUCUUUAAAAAGUUCAAAUUAGAAAAUAAAGGAGGGAGGCUCGAAAUGAAAAAUGAAAGAAGUUUUGAAAAAAGAAAAAUUAAGCUAAACAAUCAGAUUGACCCUAAGUUCCCUUAAAAAUGUUACUGUAAGCUUUGACUUGAUAGUUUUCGGCAUAUCCUUCAUUUGCUGCGUCAAGAACUUUUUCUAAAUGAUAAAACCGGUAAAAAAAGAGAAAUACUGAAAAAGUCCAACCUUGAAUAAGAGAAUAACUCACAGGAGCGACUGUAUCAAGACAGCAGUUCGUGCUUUCUCGAAAUCAUGCCUCAUUUCUUCUUUUUCCUUACCCAUCGACGCCAAAGUGCAAAUCAUAUCUUCAAGCAAAAAUGGAUAUACUGUUUCAAAAAAAUAGUUUACCAAGAAUCUUAUUGAUUGUAUCCAAAAAGCAAAGUUUCGGUGCCAUCUCCCACGGAUCUUUUCUUGACUUUUAUUGAUCGAAAAAUGUUAGAUGUUUUUUUGAAGUACUAAUAACCUGAAAUUAUUGGUUAAAACAUGAUGCGAAAAAAAGGACUUUCAAAUUCAAGAAAGGUGUGCAGUGCCGUCAAAAAUAUACAAAAAAACGCUUUUUAAAUCACAACUUUCUUUAAUGGGAUUUCACCCUUUUGAAACUCUCUGGAAAUAUGAUGACUGUUGAUUGUAACACCGUGGUGAAAACUUAGAAACACAGCUGAAAAAAAGUUUCAGAAAGAUUGAGCUCUAUACGAGGAAGUUGUGAGCGAAAAAAAUAUUUUUUUCCUCUUCUGACGGUACUGUAUGAGCGUUACAUUAGUCGUAAAAAUUAACAUUUUAGAAAUAUUAAGUGAUAGACAUAAAAAAUCAGAGAGAAUAUAACACACGAAAAAUUAAACAAUUCAAGUAAAAAUUUUUGAUGGCACGUAAAUAGUGACCAAUCGAUAAUCCGCGACCUCGCGCCGAUAUCGCGCCGGGAGUUUGCUAGAGCUGAGCGAGAUGGCAGCGAGAUAUGUCGCUGCUAUGUCGCGCCACUCUCGCUGCGAUAUAGUCCACGAAACUGGGUGAGUUCUUCCAAACUUUGAAAAAAGCACUUUUUCAGGGAAUUUCCUUCGGAACCGUCUUCUUCUGUGGGAUAUCGACUUAUCGCAAAAUGCAGUCUCAAAGCAGCACCGCCACAAAAAAGACUAGGGACUUGCAGAAACAACUGUUCAAAGCGCUUGUCGUGCAGGUCUACGCAUGAUUCGAACGAAAAUUACCUGAAUAUUGUUACAGACAGUAAUUCCAGUCAUUUUCAUGUACAUUCCAGUGUCUAUUCUGUUUAUCUCGCCCUUUUUUGAACUGGAAAUCGGUGCCGCCACUAGUUUCGUCGCAGUCACGUUGGCACUCUAUCCUGCUCUAGAUCCCCUGGCCGUAAUUUACUUCGUCAGAGACUACCGAAACGCUGUUGCCCGUGAGUUUCCAUGAAUCUAAUUGCUUCAUUUGAAAAAUGGCUUCAGAAUGGCUCUGUACUCCACGCAAGUACACGCAGAACAUUGGCCCGACGCCGGUCAGCGAAUCAACUGGCGGCCUCACACGUCAACAGACAGCCGACAAUCACAUUUGA